UGUUUCAACACAAUGUUAGCUGCCAACCUAGACAGCAUUUCUGAGCGUAGGGAUAUAUUAUUAUAAUUUUUUUGUCACCAUAGGAACUUAGUUCAAAUGUUUGUUCCGCCUUGAUGGACUUUGGGAACGUUCCAAACGCGUCAUGAUGCAGAAAUGCUGUAGGCAUAACAUUCGUUUUGAAAGCCCAUGAGAAUGUACUUUGACCCUCUUCUCUUCCACUACUUGUGCAGCAAAGGAAGGAGGGAUCGGAAGUAUGUUGUGAUGAAAAAAGGAGAAAUCUUUAGAUCUAAAGAGGAUCGAAAAGAGACCGCAGUGAAAUCUGAUGUUAUGGCAUCUGAAGGGGAAUACAGAUGGACUGUUUGGGCUGUGAUUGUACUGCUGUUAGCCGUAUGUGCAGCUCACAUGACAGACCGACCAGCCUCAUCUCGCCAUCACCGCAAGACUUCUGAGCUAAAAAUGGACGAGGCUGCCCUUUCAGUCAUAAAUGAAAUCGAGAAAGAUAUGAUGCUCUUUGUGCUUUCUGAUCACUGCUAUCAGUGUUUGCCCCAGCCACUGGGGAUAAUACCUGCAGGCCUGGGUCCUGGGACUCUGACUACAAUGGGUUUUGUUGUAGGCACACAGCACCCUUUGACAUUGCACCUAAACAGAACCACUGCCAACCUAGAGCUGUGCAAGAUUCACUUCCACUUUGGGGAGAAGGGCAACUAUUCUCUGUGGGUGAAGAAUCUGAAUGGGACGUCCAGGGCCAACUGCACUAUGGUGAUUGAUUCAGAGCCUGUCAACAGCUACCUGCCCAUUUUGUUUGCGUUUCUGGUAUUUGCUGGAGUGGCUGCUUUAGCUAAGAUUUGGAACACUGUUAGAAGGCUGGAUGUCAUGAGAAAUCUACUUCUUCGCUUAGGGAGCACAGUGGAGACAGAGAGACUGAUAAACUCGGAGCUUGGCACUCAAAACAGAUUGGUAGAUGCCUCCACGGAAUCAAUAAUUCCAGCCACCACUGGACGGAGGCUUCGCUCUUUAGACACUUUCCGUGGCAUGGCUCUGGUAAUUAUGGUGUUUGUCAACUAUGGAGGCGGACGUUACUGGUUCUUCAGGCAUGAGAGCUGGAAUGGUCUCACAGUGGCUGAUCUCGUGUUUCCUUGGUUUGUAUUCAUUAUGGGAACUUCUAUUGGUCUGUCCUUGAGUGGGUCAUUGCGAAGGGGUGUCAAACGCACUCAUCUACUGUGGAAGGUUUUCUGGAGGAGCUUACAACUCUUCCUCAUCGGAGUCAUCAUCAUUAAUCCCAGCUACUGCCAAGGACCCUUGUCUUGGGAUUUCCUCCGUAUUCCUGGUGUAUUACAGCGCCUGGGUUUCACAUACCUUGUUGUGGCUGUUUUGGAUCUUGCUGUGGCCCAGAACCAACUCCCCAACCUGUCAAGCGUGAAUCUGGUUAAUUUCUCUACACAUACUGAAACGUGCUGGUUCACUGUGCAUGAUAUCUGCCUCUACUGGCCUGCAUGGCUGUGUGUGAUUGCCUUGGAGACGGUGUGGUUGUGUUUGACCUUUCUUCUCCCAGUGCCAGGCUGCCCAACGGGUUAUUUGGGCCCAGGGGGCUUCGGUGACUUUGGCCAGUACCUAAACUGCACUGGGGGGGCUGCAGGAUAUAUUGACCGCUGGCUGCUCGGAGAGAACCAUAUUUACCAGACGCCGUCAUCACGGGUUGUGUACCAGUCUGUUGUGCCAUUUGACCCAGAGGGUGUUUUGGGAAGCAUCAACUCCAUAUUGAUGGCAUUUUUGGGUCUUCAGGCAGGAAAAAUUCUGCUGCAUUACAGAGACCAACACAGACAAAUAAUUACACGAUUUCUCAUAUGGGGAUUCAUUCUGGGAAUCAUCUCAGCUGUGCUGACCAAGUGCUCCAGAAACUACGGCUUCAUUCCUGUUAACAAAAACUUGUGGUCAUUGUCCUAUGUGACGACGCUCAGCAGUUUUGCUUUUGUGGUUUUGGUGUUUUUUUACUACAUGGUGGAUGUUAUGAGGUGGUGGUCUGGAGCGCCCUUCUAUUACCCUGGGAUGAAUUCCAUCUUGGUGUAUGUGGGCCAUGAGGUGUUUGAGGAAUACUUCCCCUUUCGUUGGAAGAUGGCAAACAGCCAAUCACAUGCUGAGCACCUGGCACAGAACCUCCUGGCCACUUCUAUAUGGGUGUUUAUAGCCUUCUUGCUCUACAGGAAGAAGGUCUUUUGGAAGAUUUAAAGGUGUAUCUCUCUCCUGCAGACUUUGAAAGGACCUGCACUACGCUGUGAAUGAAAUCAUUGGGCUUAUUUUUAAGAUUGGCGAAUCUCUUCACAUUAGUGCCACAUUUGCAAGACAAACGUGAUACAGGAAUAGAUCUUGGAGAUGAUAUGAGAUGAGCAGUGGAGGACCGUAAAUGCCAAAGGCAGAUUUUGAUGAAUUAUAAUUCCGUUUACAGGUUUUGAGUAAUGUGUAUUCUUAUGCAUAAGGAGACAUCGUGAUCAAAUACAGACAUUUCUAAAUUGUUCCUUAUAUGGGAGGAUUCCAAGAGUCUGAGAUGAAACUCAGAUUAUGAGCUAAUUUAGGUUUGUUUUGUAUACUGUUGUUUUAUAAUUUGUACCUUUAGGAUUUAAGUAUCUUUGUUGAAAGGAUGUGUGUUUGUGAAAAUGGAAAAGAUAGAGUCCUACCUUCUCAAAAACUCAGGAGAUUUGCACAGCUUGGAGUGCCAAAUAUAGGGCAUAGAUUGCAUGGUUUCUCUGAUAAAACAAGAUCAUUUUACUACAGUUUAUUACAUUUUACUUGUUACCUCUACCACAGAAAUCAAGAAGAAAAAAAAACACUUAUUACUAACAUUUGCUGCUUGUAAAAUUAUUGUUCCAAGUGAAGGGAAAAUAUUGUAGCCACAUCACAAAAUCUGUUCCAUCUUUGUUCUAUUGUUGUAAGUUGUAAUUGAUAUAUUACAGAUUUAUUACAUUUGUGUAACUUUGUUUUAUACUUUACAACAUGGGAUAUGGUGAGAAUGAAAUCAUAUUUUAUCACAAGAUAUUUUAUCUUAUUUAUCUAAUUGACCUUUCCUGACAAAUCAGGUUGUGAGGGCUUAAAAACAGUCCACAGAUGCCAAAAAAAGAGAGAGGUUGAGAAAGUGUGUUGUCCUUGCUCUAGACUUUCUUACUGUUGCUGAUGAUGACUUACAUUAAGUCUGCAGACUUAAUGUAAUAGCUUUGGACUUGGUACACAGCUACUAAACUUUACUAGAGUGAAUGAAACAUAUUUGUUGUCUGGGGUACAAUUGUGUUAAAUGCCAAGCUGAACUCAAAUGAGCAGUACUCUAAUUAACGAGUCAGGCCUUAUAGUCGUAUUGAAUAAUAUGUCAGGUAGAUGGUGGAUGUAAUGGCAUCUUCUGGAGCGAUUGUGCCGGUUGCCGUGUCGUUGGUUGUAUAAUGUAGCUGUGAUUGUGUGCUAUAUGUGUGGCUCUCAGAAAACAUCAUGAUAACUGGAUUAAUUGGAACAUGGCAUGAGUUAAAACAUUAAGGCUGCAGCCUGACCGCCCAUAUGGAAUAAAUCUACUCCGGUUAAGAUGAAGUGGGGAAACACCCAUAAAGGUUCAGAACUAAGCACCAACCCUACCUAAGAGGGAAUUAUUAUUAUUAUUAUUAGUUUUAUGGCAAAGGAAAUUUGGUCAUGGCUAUGCUAACCGCAGUUCUCCCGCUAGAUUUGAACACAAGCUACACAAGCAGUCAUCAUGAUUGCAACAUGUUGUGAUGGCACAUAUAACAAUAUCUGUAGCUUUCAUUGAUCACAAUAUAAUUGUUGUAUCCAGAUAAUGUACUCCAAAGAAAUUCUGUGAUUAAACCUUAAAAACCCUAGUAUUUAAGCUGUAUUCAUGUUUAAUUAAACUGAAAAUUUAAAUCCUGUCUUAAUUUACUCACUCUUAUAUUAACCUGUGAAUUUGCGUCGUUUAGCGCUAAAAACAGUUCUUGUAAAUGUGUGCCACUGUGAACAUGCAAUGGACGUCAACACGUUCACUUAUAAAUGACAAACAGGGUUGUUUUUCUUCAUUUAUGCCUCCAGAAAACUUGAAUAGAGAACUAGAAUAUGACACAUGUGCUGCAUGGACUAUUUCUAUGAUUUGGUGCUUUUAUUAAUCUUUGAAUUGAGUCACUAUCAGCUGCAAUUGCAUUGAAUAAACAGACUUGGAUACUUAA